CCAGAGAUUACUUCCUCAUCGCGGCCUGUGGUGCGGAUCGGCGUGUUUUUUUCACCACGGGCCUCCCUUGCUUGGUCCCGGCUGGGAACUACAGAGGUGUGGAGGAAAUGGUUGCAGAAGGCGAGAAGCUGUGAAACCAAACCCCCCCCUCAAAGGAAUGUAAAACUUAAGGACUGAAAUCACCGACAAGACGCCGUCUCUGCGUGCCUAAAGACUUAACCUGGUUUCUCAUGGAAGCAGAUGGAUAUGUGAUGAGGCGUCGGAUGACAGCGGAGACUACAGGCAGUGAGCCCGGGGUUGCUGGCGCAUCAGCCGGGGCAGAAGUUCGAUGGCUCGGGGGCAGAUUCUGGGGAGUUUCGGAAAGUAUCGUGGGGAGCCUCACACCGCGGAUCGGAGGGGAAACGGAGCUACUGACUGAUUUUACCCGCAGCGCACAAGAUGCACAGGCGGAGGACUGUGAACCAGACUAUGAAGGGCUGCCACAGGGAGCCUCCACUAGCACCCACAUGUUGGCUGGAGCCGUGGCCGGGAUCAUGGAGCACUGCCUCAUGUUCCCUGUCGACUGUGUCAAGACACGAAUGCAGAGUCUCCAGCCCGACCCCGCAGCCCGCUACAGGAACGUGAUGGAUGCUCUUCGCCGAAUUGUAACCACAGAGGGAGUCUGGCGGCCAAUGAGAGGGCUGAAUGCAACAGCGGUUGGGGCGGGACCUGCCCAUGCCCUCUAUUUUGCCUGCUAUGAGAAACUCAAAAAGACUCUAAGUGAUGUCAUUCACCCAGGGGCUAACAGUCAUUUGGCUAAUGGAACCGCUGGGUGUGUGGCCACACUGCUUCAUGAUGCCGUCAUGAACCCAGCUGAAGUUGUGAAGCAGCGCAUGCAGAUGUAUAAUUCGCCCUACCGCGGCGUGUUGGACUGUGUACGCGCCGUAUGGCAGAAAGAAGGUCCUGCUGCAUUUUACCGCAGCUACACCACCCAGCUCACCAUGAACGUGCCCUUCCAGGCGCUGCACUUCAUGACCUACGAGUACCUCCAGGAGCUGCUCAACCCCCACAGACAGUACAAUCCCUCAUCCCACAUGUUGUCCGGAGCUUUGGCAGGAGCUAUCGCGGCUGCAGCCACCACGCCUCUAGACGUCUGCAAGACCCUGCUCAACACCCAGGAGUCUCUAACCCUUGGCUCCCUAUCUUCCGGCCAAGGCCCCGGCAAAGGCCAAAGCCAAGGAGCCCACAGACAAAUCUCAGGCCUGGCCCAUGCCUUCCGGACAGUGUAUAGGCUGGGCGGCCUGCAGGGCUUCUUCAAGGGAGUCCAGGCGAGGGUCAUCUAUCAGAUGCCCUCCACAGCCAUCAGCUGGUCGGUCUAUGAGUUCUUCAAGUAUGGACUCACCAAACACCAGCACGACAAGAGGAGAGCGCAGCACAUAGAGGCGUAGAUGUCGUGGUUUAAUAUCCUAAUAUUGCUGUGCCCUCCCUGUAAGGAGAAUAUGAAGUCAAUGCGCACAUAGAAUCUGACUAAAAUCCACCUCAGUUGUCCUGUCCAUUUCAGACAUAGCAGAUAAGAAAGACAUCUUCAAAGAUAGUUUGAGUCGUAAUAUUUCUGCUACACUAUUUCAAGACUUUGAGUUAUGUUGUUUCUCUCUUCUAGGAGAAAACAUUUACACAGUGUUAUAGAACUAGAUUUAUUUUAAAGCCAUUCUAGUGACCACUACGUUUGUCUAAGCUAAGGAUAAAUAUGAAGAACGCACAAAGAUAGUCAACAGAGGGCAGUAGUGUUACUUAAAUCUCUGCUGUUAAAUCUCGUAGUUUCAUGAGCUUUGCUGUCCUAGGACCAGAUUUUUAUUUUCACCCAUCAGACCUUGAGUUUGCAAAUAAAACUUAUAACUGACUCCUGUUUCACAUCCCUCCCUGGAUUUAUGAAUCAUUUUUGCUUUUUCUGACACACUAUUCUGACAGAAAUCCUAGACACGUUCAUUUUGGUGUCUAGUUUGGACACAGGCAUUCAGUCUUUAAUUAAAAAUAUUGUAUUCACUUGAUUCUGAUAUUUUGGCCGUUUAGAAUGGAAAGUAAAUUGACCCUAGCUGAGAACAUUUUGUUGUUAGUCUGACACGUUUCCUGGCGUGGAUCAGUACCCAGAUACCAUUAAAGUAACCCUGCCAACAUGGUAAACGAAAAAUGUCAAUGUUUAAGAUUGUUCCCCACCAUCUAAGUGGACAGAAAAACACCAGUUUACAGUGGCUCUAAGGUGUCUACAGCAUGUGUUUAAUUUAUUUUUAAUAAUUGUUUUAAAAUAAUUAUUUUCAGCAAAUAUAUUACUUUAAACUUUUUUCCCCCCUUAUGUGUUUAACCAAGUCUUGUUGGAUCAUCCAAAUACUCAACAUCAAUGCCUUGUGUAUGUGUUUGGCGUAGCAGACCAGGGCAGCAUUAAGAUGGCCAUUUCUGUGCAUUUACCGUAGCCAUCAGCCUCUAUUCAGCUUUUGUGAACUACAGAGUUUCAAUAUCUGUGCUUGAUAGCAAAGGUUGUCUGCAAUGUACUGUGCCCAAAAGAAGACAAGAUAUGUAUCUGUACCCCUAUUGAGGACACAUAAAUAGAAGCUGUCAUUCUUAUCGAUUGAUGUCUGAUUGUUUCCAGCACUGAAUUGCACUCAUUGAAUAAAGACUGAGCAGCUGGGCUCUAAGCACUGCUCAUAAAUGAAA